AUGUUUUUAUUCCAGUUUUGCUGUCGUAGCGAGUGGAGUGUACUCUGUAGAGGUUGUGUCGCAAUAACCGAUUUGUAGUGUGCCUUCGUUUCCCACUGUGUCGUGUUGUCCCGAAGACUGCAGCGGAGUGCCGUGAAGUGAUAGUUUGUGUCUUGCCAUUACUGUGUGCGGUGUAAAGUGGAAAAUAUUCAAGUUGUAAAGAGCAAAGUUGCUGUCUGUCCGUAGUUCCCAGUUUGCUGAUGUUGUCGGAGAUCGUGGCUCGCCAGUAGUGCCCUGGAUGGUUGUAGUGUGGACAAGGAAGGGGUGUACCGCUAGUGGAGGGCAAAACGUGAAGUGGAUAGAUUCUUUUGCCUUUUCUGGACCAAAACGGCGAACCGACAGCAUCUCCAGAUAGGCUCGCUGUGUCUGUGUGUCUAUCUGUGUCUCUCUCUCUCUCUUUCUGUUCCUCGUCGGAACCGUUGCCACCAACAACUCUGGGUCAAGAAGUUGCAAAGCUUGAAGCUUGUGUUUGAGCACCGGCAAACUGUUUUCGGGGUGGCAUCCCGAACCAAGGAAGGCAAGAGGUAACGAAAACGUAGAAGGCUCAAGGCGAAAGAAACGGCUUCGCAGUGAAGACGAUACACGUACGGCUCUCUAAAGCGCAAUAUUAAGGAGGAAAUAAUAACAAAAAGACAGAAGGUUUUUCUGUUCCAAUUUUGGGAUACUCGACGCGGGAAGAGCAGCAAACGAUUGAAAACGAGGGCCCAACCUAAACUAGAUGUGCAAGAAGUGGUUGUCGGUGAAGUUGUUUUUUCGGGGAAAACACGUGGAGUCUUGAAAGGGCCUUUUUCUUCUUCUCGACGACACGAGUGAGAACGAGUGAACUCGGCACGGACGGGGUUACCUUAAGGUAUGCACGUUAGAAGCGAACGGGAGUGAAAAAGAUGGCCUGUUUGCAGUAAUGACUGCACUGGAAGUUGAGUGUGUGAAGGAGUAGAAGGUAAAAAAAUUAUCAAAACAACUGUGCAUUUUUGCUGGAUUUGGUGCGUGGUGAAGUAGCAUCCCGCAGGUUGCAGUGUGGUUAUGUUUUGGGCCGAUUGUGAAGUGCAUUCUUUCCUGCAACAGUUGACAGUUUAUUAAAACGCAGAAACAGAGCAGAGCAGAGGAGGGCCUGUCCUAUAGCACUCGCCAUUUGUAAAUAGAUUUGCUUCGAGUUCAAAUUUAAAGACUCCAACGACUUUUUUGGCACGCCAGCGUGACGACGCUCUACAUCGGCAGCAGUGAGUUGGUUUUCGAGUGCUGGUCAGAACCGGUGCUGUGGAUACACGGACGAACGUCGACGACUGCCAGCAAGGUGCCACGGUUAGUGCUCUGGGUGUGCUGGGUUAAAUCGGACAGGGAAACUUUCGCUGUGUGUGCAGGCAGUGCGCGAGAAGCUCUUCCCGGCUGGAAUGGAUUCGAUAUCCACCGGGGGUUCAAAAGUGCGGAAGAUAAUAAACCAUAAUGGUAUGAAGUGAUAAAAAAUUACUUUACCAACAGUGAGUAACUUAAUAGGAGCGGAAAAUGACAAGCUCCGAUGAGUGAGCUAAAGAUAAAGUGCCGCAGAGAAAGAUGACAGAAUAGCUUUUCGGGAUAAGCGAAGGUUGAAGAUGAUAAGAAAGCUAUUUGUGAGCCUUCUUCGCGCAGGCAGUGUAGUAUAGAGAAUGUGAUGAUCGAGAAGAAAAAGCGACGUUUCGGUAGAAGCCAUAGAAAAAAGAUGUGGCAUUUCAAUCUAUUCAUUUAAGUGCCUUUAGACGACCACAUUAAGGCUGAGAGUGAAUGUGAAGUUUGUUUUUUUUCUUUCUGCUGUUCAUGUGCCUUACAACUUACGACAGUAGUGCAAUCGAUAUACGCAUAAAGAAGGGGAAUGCCUUACUAGCAAAGUGAAGUUAAGUAAUUAACGUGCCUUGAAAAAAAGCAACGACAACAGUAGUCAACCGCAAAGCGACAAGAACGUCGUCCAACAAAUUCCGCUUCCACAACACACAGCAUUCCCGUAGUCAUGUCAACAAAUAGUAAUAACCUGAAGCUAUCUGGAAAUAUUAUCGGUCUGACAAGCAACAAACAGCCCCAAUUACAGAAAACCAAACUGAAGCAACCACCGCCGGUUUCCUCGGUGGCAGCCAGCAGUGCACAGCAAAGUUCGACAGUUACAGGUUCUGCGGUGGUGAACGGUGGAACGAAGCCAGUUUCGACUCAGCAGCAAGUGCUCCAGAAGCAGGUGUCACAGCAGUCGCAGCAAGCGGGCUCCCAUAUUCCGCCACGGUAUCAGCCGCCCCCACAGCCCCCGGGAGGCAUUCUGAAGCACAUUGGUCACAACGGGGGUGUGCCACCUUUGGCCCGAUCAUCCACAGUUCCUAUCAUAGCGUACCCGUCAGAACUGAACGGAGGCGCACACCAUCACGUCAAAUUUCCCCCGGAAAUCCCAAAAUCAAGUGGUCUAUAUCUGCCGGAGAAUCUCAAACAUCAGUUGAACCCUUCCCGGCUGGCGAUUCCUCGAUCGCACCUUCGGUUCUCCAACCAACACCACCUGCCUUCUAGUGUCCAUCAGCCGAGUCACCUCCAACAACCUACCCUCCAUCUUCCACCUCCACAUCCACGGCUUAGUUCCGAGUCAUCCUCCGAGGACCAGACAACCACCAGCUCUACUCGUUCCCUUCAGCAACACCUUGGUUCCAAACAGCAACAGCCAUCCCCGCAACCUAACGGGCAACAACCGUCUCAAUCCCACCAGGGUCACAUCCAACAAACAACUGCUAUAGUUCACCACCACCAACCUCCCAGCCAGCAACAGCAGGCUCCUCCCGUUCCACCGCCUUCCGUUUCCAGCAACGGCCAACAUCAACAGCAACACCCAAAUCAACAUCAUCAUCAGCAGCAGCAACAGCAUCAACAACAACAACAGCAGCAACAACAGCAACAACAACAACAGCAGCAGGAGAUGCUGAAAUUCGUCCGGAAGGCCGAGUCGGAGACCUCAUCGACACCAACCUCGUCCAGUGGCGGCCGGAUAUCGUCCAUCGAGCAGAAUCGACACUUUCAGAAUCUUCUAUCUGAGCUGAGAGCACUGAAAGAGGCUAACCAACGGCUUAGCGACGACAAUCAGGAGCUGCGAGAUUUGUGCUGCUUUCUGGACGAUGAUCGGCAAAAGGGACGCAAGUUGGCACGCGAAUGGCAGAGGUUCGGACGGUACACGGCGAGUGUUAUGCGACAGGAGGUUUCCGCCUAUCAGACCAAAUUACGCCAACUGGACGACAAACAGCAGGAGUUGAUCCGAGAUAAUCUGGAACUGAAGGAACUGUGCCUGUACCUGGACGAGGAGCGAACGAACAGUAGCCGAUCGGCGGCAGCCUGUGCCAACUGUGGAUCGACACCCGGCACAGCCGCGAAUGCUGUUCCCCUCCGGGACGACGGAGACGGAAGCAGCUCGAGUACGAAUGCCGACGAAAAUCAGCUGCACCAGCUGAGCGCCCAGUUCGGCAGAAAUGGGUUGACGGAAAUCAACCUUCGUUCCACGCUUAGUGACCAAACCCUGCAGUACGUUCGCUCGCUGGAAACCCGAAUACGGCAACUGGAGGAGGAACGAUGCGCUAUCCUGAAGAAUAUGCCCCUCAGUCCACCGACAAUCAACGUAACGAACAAUAGCGGCACCAACAAUAGCACCAACACCACCAGCACUAACGGUAACAGUAACAACAACAGCAGCAGCAACAAUAACAUCAACAACAACAAUAGUAACACCAACCAAUCGUCGUGCGGUGUAGCGGAUCCUGUCUCUGGCCGACCGGAAGCCGUCGUUCGAGCGCUACAGGUGUUGGAGGUACGCGAACAGCUCGAGCGGGAAAGGAUCGGACCGAACACGCUACCCGAUCAGUUGGACGACGGCGAGAAGGCACUCGUACGCGAGAUGUGCAAUGUGGUAUGGCGGAAGCUGGAGGACGCCCCGAAUACGGGAAUCGACCAACACGUAUGAUUGCCUCUGUCCCGAUGCUUGCCACGAUGAGUAGGCGAAAAACGGAAGAAUCAUAUCAAGUGCACACGAGGCUUAUAUUGACGUGACUUGACAGACAGACAGACCGCAGAUCAUCGCGCUAGGCUAGGCUAGGCUAGACUAAAGAGCGGGUCUUAUUUUUCACUGUUCCGUAUCCUCCUUUUUGAUGAUGUACAAAUUAAUUAUAAUGAUUCUACAGAAAAAAAAUAGCAACGCGAACGUGUGUUGAGGCUUGAAAAAUAGUCGGGAGAUCAAUUAUCUUUCUAAUGCGCUGCUGAAAAGCAGUUUUACUAUAUUGCUGCUCUAGGCCGUAGGAUUGUACAGAUGAACAGAGUAAUUAUUUGCUAGAAGCGUAAGUUUCAAUUCUCCCGAAUCCCCGAUAUGGAGCCGAUCGCGAGCCGGUUUCAAAAACCGUGCCAGAUCAAGCUUACUGUAUACAGUUUAAGCUAUCAAGUAAAAGUUAGUAUUUAUCAUCGUUUAUCGUUAUUGGUAUCCUGUGUUUACCGAAGAAAAGCUGUAAUUAGGGCAGUAGAGUAGGGUGAAAAGGAAUAAACUCCCGUCUCACGAUCUUUUAUAUGCUCUUCGUAGAAGAUAGGCCGCUCUUUUGCGUAAAUGCUUCAAUCAUUGAGAAAGGAUAAUAUAUCUGUAGAAAGGGUAAUAAUUUUUCGCGUAUGAUAAACAGAAGGACCUAUAUUUCAGCGCUAUGUAUUUGUGUAUUCUACGAUUUCUUGUUAGAUUUGUUUUUAUAUAUACAUAACUUGUAUAAAUAUAAAAUGGUUGUUAUUACUUAAA